AUGUGUCGCCCGCAAGUGGACCGGCCGCUAGCGGCGCUCUCGCUGCUGCACCACCAGCUGCAGCAGCGCCGCCAGCCAUGGCUCGCGCCCGAUUGGUCCCCGCCGGAAUCCGUGCCGGACGAGGCGGAGGCCGCCGCCGCGUGGCUGCGCUUCCAGCGGCGGCGCGUGCGGCUUCUCACGCGGCGAAUGCGCUUCCUGCUGCUGCUGCUGCUGACGCUGGGCGUGCUGCAGAUCUUCCUGGGUGCCUACGUGUCGUUCUGCUUCCACGUGGCUGUCGCUAAGCACCGCGCGAGGUCCCUGCUUGCUAUUGAUUCCGCUCUCAAUGCCGUGCAGAUGACGCUACCUGGGGAUACUGCUGCUGCUGCUGCUGCUGCUGCUGCUGCUGCUGCUGCUGCUGCUGCUGCUGCUGCUGCUGCUGCUGCUGAUGUUUUUCAAGACGAUGCUGGCGGUGGUGGUGCUGCCGAUGCCUGCGCUCUCGGCAGUACUCCCACUGACGCUCGCCACUGUAACGGCAGCUCUUAUGCCUCUCAUCACCAAUGUCACCUGCAGGAUCAUGCCGCCGCCCCUGCUGCUGCGCUCUCGGGACCCUGCUCCUGGGAGGGAGGCUCCAACCACCCGGGCCUACAGCAGCUGCUGGACUCGGCUGCAGCGGGGACAGCGAGGCAGCAUCAAGAGAAGCAGGGGGGUCAUGAGGAACGCGAGCAGGGUGGGGAGGGGUGCUGUGGGCCGGUAGCGGGAGGGGAGGAGUCGAGGUGCUGGGGUGCAUGGGAGGAGGCGGACUUGCCCCUUCACCAAUUCCCUCGCUCCUCGACCAGUCCAGCCACUUUCCAUCCCCCCUCCCCCGCCCAACACCCCUGGUCCUUGCACCCCCCAAGCCCAGCGAGCCAGCCCCCUCCCCCCGUUCGUACGUAA